AUGAAUACUAGAGCUUAAAAGAAACAGUUUUUACCUUCCCAAAUUCCUACAGGUAUGAAACAUAAGAUAGUUUAAUGGAUAUAAUAAGCUAUUUUAUCUAUAUUUUAAAUUAUUUAUUUAUUAUUUAGAAUCAAAAACAAAGUCAGAAGAGCUGAUUGGCGAACCAGUCAUUACAAAAGUAAAUAUUGAUAAUGAGGAAUCUAAUAACAAGAUUACAAAUCUGAAUUUUAGAUUCAAUCCUGGUAUUAAAAAACUAUAAAUCACUAAAACAUAUCCUAAUGAGAAAAGUGGUAAUUGCAUUAAUAAAUGUCAGGUUUUAAGGCUCAAAAAACUAGGAAUAAGCCUAUUGUUUUGAACUUAUUAAAUUGUCUUAAAUAAGGUUAUGAUGGUAAACUCUAUGAUGUCAUGGAUGUAAACACUUAUAUUUAAUUGGUGAGUGACUAAUAAUAAUCGUAAAACAUUCCUAAAUCAUUAAAGUGUAAAUGUAACAAAUCAAUGUGUUUGAAACAAUAUUGUGAUUGCUUUGCGAAUGGCAAUAUGUGUACUGUCCAGUGUUAAUGCCAGGGGUGUCAUAAUACUGAAGAUUAUGUAGAGGAGAGAGAUGAAGCCAUAAAUAAAUUGAAAAUGUAAAAUUUAUCAAUUGAAGUAUUUAAUUAAUAAUAUUGAUAAGAAAGAAGUUCCUAUUGGAAUUAGUUGCAAAUGCAAAAAAUCGAAAUGCUUAAAACGAUAUUGCGAUUGUUUUCAGAACAAUUAGAAAUGUCAUGAAAGUUGUCUAUGCUCUAAUUGUUCAAAUUAACAGGAAAAAGUAGAACAGGGUGAUCAACGAUUAAUGAUGAAUUCCAUCUCAUAAUUUGAUGAAAAUAGCAGAUUGCCAAAGUCACCUUUAGUGUAUAACAGACAAGGGUUUUUCAGAAGAAAUGAUAGUAUGAACUUUUCAAAUUCUUUUGGAUACUCUAGAAGUAUAUAGAAUAAUUAACAUUAAUUAAUUAGGAAUGCUAGUACAACAUGAUGGACCAUACUUUUUAAAGUAAGACUCGUAAGGUUUUAAUUGA